UGCUCAUAUCUAAUUCGAGAUAUCAUAUAAAAUCUGGUAGGAAGAACGACGAAGUAUCAUUCGUGAAUUGAAGUUCAAGAAGACCAUUAUUCAGUAACAGUUUUUUGUGGCAGCAAUGAAGCAAUAUCUAUUCUACUGUGCUAUAAUUUCGGCCGUUGCGCUGAUAAACGGUUAUUCAAUUGAAUUAGACAAUAUUGAGCUUUUGAGCGGAGAAUUCUUCAAUUACGAUGACCAUCGUAUUACCGAUGAACAAAGGAAGUGUGUUGAAGAUGGAAUUAAUAAAAUUAAGGACGAGAACGCCAAUUUGAAACCAUGGUUCGAUGAUAUCGAAAAAACUGCCAAUACAAUAACAAAAUUAUCAGAAAAGUGUUAUGCACUUAAUGGUGUUGCUCAAAAAAUCUGCUUCAAAUUUCUUGGACGGUUUGUCAGUGCACAAAGAAAACGAUUGUUCGGCAAUUUGACUGAAGAACAAAAAGAAGUUCUCGACAAUGUUAAGAAAAUCUUGAAAGAAUGUCUAAAAGAAGAAACAGCGCCAGGUGUAAUAAAGAUUCCAUUUGAUGACAACGAUGAGUCAGAGAUAAAUGUGAAGGAAUUUUUAGAAAUGAGAUUUAAUUUUUUUCCAAGUAAUGCCAACACCGAGGAACAAAUCAAUUGUAUCAAGGUGUGCGUGACUUUUAGUUAUACAAUUCAUAUUGUAACAUUAAUGGGAGGAUGUAGUGUGGCGCCCUCCAUUCUAGAGGGAACGUCAAUGUAAUUUAACAACUCAAAUCGAAAUUAAACAGCGCGCUAAAUUUGGAAUGUGUGGAUGAUGUGUCCUCCCCAACCGGCUAAGCCUAUGAAGAGACAAAAUGCGAAUUCCCCUC